CCUUCUGUGGUCUCGCUUCUCGGGAAGCAUUUCCGGUCUCAGGGAGCAGAAGUCUGUGAUAAGAAAACUUUAUUUCUCUGCUGCCCGGCAUCCGGAACUUAAAGGACUUAGCCUUGGCCGACCUGAUGGUGGGAAGAGUUAGAGGGACGGACAAGGAGAGAGGUGUGGCCGGGAGACUUCCGGGAGAGCGCCGGAAGUACGGUGUUCUACUCAGGAUAACCCACGCCGUCCUCCUCGCCGUCGGGCUUGCAAGAGUCUGACGGGAACCGGAGGCGCCGGAGACCUGAGUCCAAGACGACUCCACUGUCGUGACCGCCGGCAAGUCCUUUUUCUGGGCUUUCAUUGGCUCAGCUGCGAAGUGAGUCGUGGACGAGCCGAUCUCAGCGUCCAGCCUGGAGAGCGGGGUCUUUCAGGAAGCGCCUGUGGGAUUCGAGGGCCAGAGAUAAAAGGCCUCUCCCCAUCUUCAGAACAGUCGUGCAUUCUGAGCCUGCCAUCCAAGAAACUCAGGAGGAGGAGUUGAUAGUCUCUGCGUCCCUCACCGCCCUGGGAUAGGACCCAACAUGUCUCAGGCCACCAAGAGGAAGCAUGUGGUGAAGGAGGUGCUGGGGGAGCACAUGGUGCCUUCCGAACAGCAGCAGAUCGUGAGGGUACUCAGGACCCCAGGGAACAAUCUGCAUGAGGUGGAGACAGCCGAGGGGCAGCACUUCCUGGUGAGCAUGCCCUCCAAAUACCGCAAGAACAUCUGGAUCAAGAGAGGAGACUUUCUCAUCGUUGACCCUAUUGAAGAGGGAGAGAAGGUGAAGGCCGAGAUCUCCUUUGUGCUCUGCAAAGACCACGUGCGCUCUCUGCAGAAGGAGGGGCUCUGGCCUGAGGCCUUCUCCGAAGUGGCUGAGAAACACAACAACCAGAACAGACAGGCUCAGCCAGAACUCCCAGCUGAGCCACAGUCGUCUGGAGAAGAGUCCAGCUCCGAAGGUGAUGCUGACCUUUUUGUUAACACCAACCGCAGACAGUGUCAUGAGAGUGAGGAGGAGAGUGAAGAAGAGGAGACAGCCUGAGACCCCGGGACCAGUCCUUGGCUCCUCUGAGCUCGGACAUGGCCAGGAGCCUCUGUGGAUCUUUCCCCCUGGAUGGGGACAAGGCAGGGCCCUUCUCUGAACUGACUUUCUGACAUAGGAGAAUUAAACCCCUGGUGGGUGGUGACUUACGCUGGUGUCGGAGUGGCUCUUUGGAGGAAGGAGGGACAUGUGGUAAAGUUAAAAACUGCUCCUAGGUGGUGGCCUCAUGGGCAGGUGGGCCGAAUGGGCAGGAAAUGGGAAAUGGCCGGAAUCUCUCCUGGUUUCCCCCUCUCUCGUCUGGCACAUGGUAGGUGCCAGGCCCUGUGUGCUUGCUUGCAUGUAGUCAGUAACUGGGAGCAUUCCCACUUCAUUGCCUGCUUGCAGUUAGUACUGAUUCAGGCAUUCAGGAUCACAGUGGGAUUUGGUGCCCAUCUGCCUCUAAGAGACCCUCAGGAUGAAUUUCAUAGUGCCUCGUAAGCUGUUCUCCCUGCCUUUGUAGUCACUUGUGACUGCAGGAGCGCCCACCUGCAUGCUGCUGUGUACAUCCCCUGGUUGGUGGCCUCCUCAUGGCUACUCAGACCAUCACUCCUCAGCCCUCGUGCAAACCACGUCAUCCCACUUCUCCUUGGAAGCUUUUUACCUCUGACUGUACGUUCUCUUCAUUGCUGGCAUUCACCUUUUAGUCACUGCUCAGACGUUGAAGUUUACCUCCUGGCUUAGAGUCUUCUACCCUUGCUUCCAUCAUUGUUUUUCUACAUCCCAUGGAUGGGCCCGUUCAAUGCUGUGGCCACCUAGGUCCUUGAUGUCCCCAUCACUAAUGCUCUUGUCUUCUGUGUCAGGCCUGUUGCCUAUAUCUGUAGUCACUCUCUGGACCCCUGACGUCACUAGAAAUUGCAACGCCAUUUGAACUAAAAAACCUGUACAAUCACCGCCUCCAGGCCUCCUUGCUCAACUACCACCCCUCCCGCCCCCCACAGAAAUUCUUUAUCUUCAUCAUCCAGCCCUGCCACAUUCUCACCGUCAUUCUCCUAUCUUCACUUCCUUCCCUGUGCAGCAUCAAUUCCGUGGUCUACACCCUGUACUCCCUUUCUCCCUCCAUCGUGUUCAUCUAGUAAAACCUAACCCUGGGUCAACCCAGUCAUUCACCUCUGUGCCUGUACGCAAGUAACUGUUAGAGAAAACAGCCAACCUGGUUCAUUAGUUUUACCUUAAAUUCGUAAUUACAAACCUCAGAUGGCCACGCAACACUGCCUGGCAGAUCUACCCUGGGAUGUCGUAUUAGAAAACUUUUUUUUUUUAACCAAAUGCCUCUUAUCCUGCUAGUUACAGGCUGCAGCUCAUUCUUCAUUAAGAAGUAGUAACCAUUGGAGGGAACUCUUACCUCUCUGUUACCAGCCCUACAACUGUGCUCAUGGGUCUUCCUGUCAUUUUACUGCCCAUUGUAAUCCAGUGGGACUUAAGCCUUUCCUCUCGUGCUUUGGGGCGUGUCUGUCUUUGCUUAAGGAGUUUUUGUGAGUUUUGGUUUCUGUCAUCCUCUGUACUGGGUAUGUUAGCAUCACAGGUGCUGUACAAUCUCCCAUCUGAAAAACAACCAGAAAAACAACCUGUCACUGAUUCCACAUCCUGUCCGGCUACCACUUCAUUUACCUGCUCCUCAUUCACUCUUACGCUUGCUUAGUGUAGUCUUAAAUACAUACAUACACGUGUGUGUAUGCUUAUGUGUGUAUAUACGCACAUAUAGAAACGUAAGUAUAUACAUUCAUGUGCAAAAACUUAACCAUGUAAGUUGAAGAUGUGAGCGUAUUUUUAACUCAUCUGAAGUUUAUUUUUGUAUGGAAGAUGGCUAACUUUUUUUCCCUAAAGGGCUAGCCACUUGUCCCUAUACCAUUGAUUGAGUGGUUCAUUCUUCGCUCACUGGUUCAAAAUACCUUUUUCAAAAUAAAUGAAAUUCCUGCAUAUA